GGAGCCGGGGCCUGCAGCGGAGCCGCGCCGAGCCCGAGCCCCGGCCGAGCCCUGACACCUUCCGUCCGCCGCCUGGCUCCCCGGGGGAGUCCGGACUGGCCGGAGCCCGAGCAGCGGCGGCUCGGGGAGCCCCACGCGCCGGCGGGAGCGGAGCAGACGCGAACGGGACGAGAGGAGGCGCGGCCGCCUCAGGGACGCGCGUCCGGAGCCGCGGCCUCCCGGCCCCGGCUGCCCAAGCCAGCUCCGGGAGAGCGGGGGAGCAAGCAAACCCCACCCUCGGGGGCGCCCCGGGAGCGGAGGUGGGAGGGGAGCGGGAGAAGACCGUUCGCGCGCAGGAGAGGGACCGAGGAGACCACGCUAGGGGGUGAGUCUCUCCUUCCUAGAGGCGAGGAGGAUCCCCGCACCGGCCCGGGAAUGGAGCCCCCAAAGUAGAGGGGUGAUCCUUACCGUGGAAGCGAGUGAGCAGCCCCGCGUGCCUCCACUCCUGCAAACACACUCUCCGCAGUUCUGGACUUUUGGGGGACGGAGAGAAGGGGGUAUGCCUCUGGAGUAGGCACCCUGCCGCCCAGCCCGUGCUCACGGGGGCGAGGACUGCUCACGUUCAGAAGCAGAGGACACCCCAGGGAGAGAAGACGACUCGGCUUCCAGCCUUCCAGGAGAGGGGAAGAAGUCCCCCCAACUUCCCUGUACCCAGACGGUGGAACAGGGCAGAGCCCCUCCGCUCCGAUCUCCAGCCGACAGAAAGAGCCCUCCACUCCCGACAGAUUCAGUUUGGGGGAGAGGGGGACUCCCCCAAGGGGGAGGAGACAACUCCGGGUUGGACGAGGCUCCUCCCCUCCUCCCCGGGGUCGCCGGCCGAGUGUGGGGGGUGUGCCACCUUCCCCAGGUGGGACCUCCUUCUCCUCCCCCUCGCCCUCCCUCCCCUCCUCAUCCUCGGGGGACCCAGUUCCCCUCCCCAGCUUGGGAGGCUCAGCCAAAAACGGGAAGAGCCACUGAGGAUGAGGCUCUGCAUCUGCCUUUGAAGAGAGGGGUCCCUCCAACCCCAGACUCCAGUACCACGUGGUCCCCGCCCUCUGCUGCGGCUGACGUGGAGACAGAAUCCAAAAAUACCAUGGCUUCUGACCUAGAGAGCAGCCUCACCUCCAUAGACUGGCUUCCCCAGCUGACCCUCCGGGCCACCAUCGAGAAGCUGGGAAGUGCCUCCCAGGCUGGGCCUCCUGGUGGGAGCCGCAAAUGUCCACCAGGCUCUCCCACAGAUCCGAAUGCCACCCUGAGCAAAGACGAGGCUGCCGUUCACCAGGAUGGCAAACCCCGGUACAGCUACGCCACCCUCAUCACCUAUGCCAUCAACUCCUCUCCAGCCAAGAAGAUGACCCUCAGUGAGAUUUACCGCUGGAUCUGUGACAACUUCCCCUAUUACAAGAAUGCAGGCAUUGGUUGGAAGAAUUCAAUUCGGCACAACCUUUCUCUCAACAAGUGUUUCCGGAAGGUGCCCAGACCACGGGAUGACCCUGGAAAGGGCUCUUAUUGGACAAUUGAUACCUGCCCUGACAUCUCCCGGAAGAGACGACACCCUCCAGAUGAUGAUCUGUCCCAGGAUUCGCCAGAACAGGAGGCCAGCAAGAGUCCACGGGGAGGGGUUCCAGGGAGUGGAGAAGCCUCACUGCCUCCUGAGGGGAAUCCUCAGAUGCCACUCCAGAGCCCCACAUCGAUUGCCAGCUACAGCCAGGGCACAGGGUCUGUGGAUGGCGGAGCGGUGGCAACAGCGGGUCCAGGUCGAGAGAGCACCGAGGGGCCCCCUCCCCUCUACAAUACCAACCAUGACUUCAAAUUCUCCUACUCAGAGAUCAAUUUUCAGGAUCUAAGCUGGUCCUUCCGCAACCUCUACAAGUCCAUGCUGGAGAAGUCCUCCUCGUCUCAGCACGGCUUCUCGUCUCUCCUGGGGGACCUGCCGCCCUCCAACAACUACUACGUGUACCAGCAGCAGCCGCCGCCCCCGCCGCCGCAGUCACAGCCGCAGGCACCCGCCCAGGGCACCUCUGCCGUCGGCGGAGCGCCGCCACUGCACACCCCCAGCCCCGACGGCUGCACCCCACCCGGGGGGAAGCCAGCGGGGUCCGAGGGCUACGGGCCGCCCCCGGUGAUGGCCAUGCACCCGCCCCCACUGCAGCACGGAGGCUACCACGCCCACCAGCACCACCCCCAUUCCCACCCCGCCCAGCAGCCGCCGCCCCAGCAGCAGGCACCGGGCCAGGCACCCAUCAACAGCUCUGGCUUUGCCUUUCCUCCAGACUGGUGCUCCAACAUCGAUUCCUUAAAGGAAAGCUUUAAGAUGGUGAACCGGCUCAACUGGUCCAGCAUUGAGCAGUCACAGUUCUCAGAGCUGAUGGAGAGCUUGCGGCAGGCAGAGCAGAAGAACUGGAGCCUGGACCAGCAUCACAUCGCCAAUCUGUGUGACUCCCUCAACCACUUCCUCACUCAGACUGGUCACGUGCCCCCCCAGGGGGGCUCCCACCGGCCACCCGCCCCCACCCGCAUCGCGGACUCCUGUGCCCUCACCAGUGGCAAGCAGGAGCCGGCCAUGAACCAAGCAGUGAACUCUUACGUGCACCCUCAAGCCCCCCAUCUCUACCCCGGCCCAUCACCAAUGUACCCACUCCCCACCCAGGACUCAGCAGGAUACAGUCGCCCAGCACACCACAUGGUCCCUCGGCCACCGGUCCCACCUCCUGGGGCCAGUGAGGAGAUCCCAGAUGACUUCGAUUGGGACUUGAUUACCUAGUGCAUUCGAGAGCCUGGCCAUCAGCCCAGGGCUGGGUGGUGACACAGGGCAGUGGGGGAAGCCCAGCCCCCGCCCACCCUUCCGCCCUUGCCUGUAUAUAGAUAUAUAUCCUUUUUUUUUCUUUCUCUGCCAGAGAAGCCACCGCAAGAUGCUGCCGAAGAUAACCCCCUCUUUCCUGCCUCAUUCUUCCUCUUCCUUUUUUUUUUUCCUAAUUCUUUUAUUAUUAUUCUUAUUAUAUUAUUAUUAUUAUUAUUGGUUAUAUGCUGUCUCCAGUCUCCUGUCCCCACACCAUGGUCCAUGUCCACCUCUUGCCUAAUUUAAAGUCAUCUGGCUGGAAGAUGAGGCCAUGAGAGCCACAGUGAAAGGUCUCAAACUUUGAUUUACCUUUCUCUUUGGGCAAUUCAGUGCUAAUCCCACCUUUCAGCCCUACGUUGUUUUCUGUGGAUAUCAGUUCAAUCCAGGGCUGAAGAGGCCACAUCAUCAAGUAGAAGGGAUUUAAAAUGCUGCUUGGCAGCCAUGAAUUUGCAGGUUUUACUCAAUGGUGCUAAUUUUGUCCUCUGAGCUCUUCCUUGUCCCUUUAUAUCUCCAGUCUUACUUCUGCUGGUCCUUAUUCCCCAUCAAGGGUAAGAGUGAUGGUGGUGGAGAUAAAAUCCUAGUGGAAUAAGAGGUCUGGGUUGGGUAGAGUAGAACGCUGUAGAGGGGUGAUGGAAUACAAAACAGUCAGAAAUUGGGUGUCUUCCACUCUUGUCAAAUAAACUGCCAUUGACUUAUUCCUGGCCUGUUCUCUAUAGGAUAUAGAGUCAGUCCUAGCCAGAACUCUGCUUCUCUUCAGGGCAUCCCAGGUGGUGUGAGGUGGUAAAGAACCCGCCCGCCAAGACAGGAGAUGGGAGUUCCAUCCCUGGGCUGGGAAGAUCCCCUGGAGGAGGGCAUGGCAACCCACUCCAGUCUUCUUGCCUGGAGAAUCACAUGGACAUUGGAGCCUGGUGGGCUACAGUCCAUGGGGUUGCAGAGUUGGACAUAACUGAAGCAACUUAGCAUGGACCUGCUGCUUCUCUGGUGGAAAUGAGGACAACCCUUCAGCAUAGGGUCAGCUUUUUGGAGAGGGUUUCUAUUGAACCAUUCUGUCUUUUUAAACAUCAUGUUCUCUAGAAAUUAACUGUGGCUUUUAUUUGCAUUUACUAGUUAUCCUUUCAUCCCCUUAUCUCAUUUGGCAAAUAUUAUUUCAUCCUCCUUCAGUUGUCUGCCCAACUGUUCUACCCAUCAAAUUUUCUUCUCCCGUUUUCUGGGAUUCUCAAGAAUGAAGAGUAACCCAUGAUUCCGUUUAGUCUCACCAUGUCCUCAGGCAAGACUGGAAUCUGUUUCCCACGGUGCAAAGUAGAACCAAACCUACAGUACUGGUGACAGGAGGGUGAGAGAGGAAAGGGGAACUGGUAUAGACAUGCAUAAGGGAUAUUUCAGUUAUUUAACUACGUAGGCAAAUGCUUCUCUUGGAAUCCAGAUCACUGGGGCUGAAGCUUCUGCAAUCAGGUUUUUUGAGGGAUUAAGGAACUUGGGAGAGGGUAAUAAAUAACCAAAAACAAAGAGCUCCAUGAGGGCCAAGGAAGGACCUCCUCCCCACCCUCCUGCCCCUGGAAAAGGUACAGGGAAAACUUACCUCCUUUAUCAAGGAGUGGCCAUGGUUUAUGGCUGCAAAGUACUUAGCAUAUAUUGGAUAUUAAUUGUUGAAUUCUAGUUCUGAGAAGGAAGAACAGUUUUAUUUCCAUUUUUAUUUUACCAAAUGGUCACUUUCUCAAAGCUGUAGGACAAAAUGUGCGGAAUGGACAAGGCCACUGUCUCUGUGAUUUCUGGUUUUUGUUCCUGUCCUUUUAUUUACCCAUGCUUUCCGCUCUCCUGCUUUCCCCCUCAUCCUCCCCUUCCUUUCUUCGUAAAGGGUUCUCUAUUGAGAGUUUGUUGACUAAGUCCAGUGAGGCUGAAGUCGGGGGGCAAGAAAGAGCAGUUAACUAAACAGCACUUUAUUUCUUCGAAGUUCUUAGUAAGACGUGGGGGUGUGAGUGGCUUGAACCCCCUGUUGUGUUGGAGGGCAGUUUGUGGGGUUGAAGUAUGGCAUACGAUUUCCCGUUGGGGAAAGGAGAAUUUCUCUUCCAGGGUGGUGACAUGCCUUAGCCCAGUGUCCCCAUCUGAGGCGUGUCUUCCUUAUCCUUCCAGUCAGGGUGCCUCCUACACACAGUGUCCCAUCUGUUCUUCCUAAGAUUUCCUCUCUUAUAAAUCAUCACAUUUCUCAACCCCUCUUCUACCCAGAUCCGCACAAGAUUUGCCAGGGUAGACUAAAUCAGACAUGGAUAUGUCUCCUGUGUAUAGUUUAUCUGUGUCUUCUGAAAACGAGAACUCUGGUGGGCAGCCAGUCACUGAAGUUUGGGGCUUGGGCUGGAGAUGGGCCGUUAGGCCUUUGGGGCCUUUAGCCCCGCUCUCCACUAAAACCAGCCUCGCUAAACGGCACAGGACAAACCCAACUCUCUUUGGGCCUCAGUUUCCCCUCCCCUCCCUGAAAGGGAAAGAAUACUCCUUUUUCUUGUCGAUCCAGCAUUGCCAGCCUUGAAAGUUUAGUCAUUGUUGUUGUCUUGGGUGACAUGUGCAAAACUGCAGGAGCUCACUGCCAAAAGAGGAAAUAGAGGAGAGCGUGGGGGAGAGGGACAGAAGGAGCAAUUCUUUGGUAUCCACCCGUCCCUGCCUUUCUGUCUUCAACCCCCAUGUUUCUGGUGGGGUGAGUCCUUCAUACCACCCAUAAUGCUUUGCAUUGGCGCAGGCUGGGAAGGGGGGGUGUAUGGGCUCACAAGUUGUUGUUGUUGUUUUUUGCAUGCUUUCUUAAUAAAAAAACCAAAAAACAAAAAGAAUGUU